GAGACACCUAGUCAGGGGAUUUCCACUACCUUAGACACUGAUCAGUGGGAUUUUCCAUAACAAUAUUACACUGGCAAUAUCUUUUUUGUUUUGUAGGCUAGUAAAUCUCAAAAUAAAACAUGCACAUCUAAUUUCUAGAUGUUACAAUGUGUAUUUUGGUUUAGGGUUAGGCAUGACUCUAUUGUUCAUCGCUGAGAGGAGAUCGCUCACGGUUCUGUGGAAGGCGUCGUGCGCUCUCUCGUGGAUGUUCUCGGCCACUGAGCUCAGCUUGGUGUUUGUUGGAUGUAACGUCCACGCGCCUGGAACCUGUUGCUGGCUUUUUAAUCCUCACUGCAAGUCGACCGGAGCGCAUCGUGCCCCCCCCCCUAACAUCCCCAUCAGGACCAUGGAGGAGCAAACAGACCUCAACUCCAGCUGGCACCACUUUGACGGCGCCUCAGCUCGAUUCCAGGGCAGCUCGGUGUUUUCAGGAGCCCCGUUUGUCGUGCUGAUGGUGAUGAUGGUGACUCUGGUGCUCGUGAUAGUUUUGGGCAACGCGCUGGUCAUAUUUGCCUUCAAAGUGGACAAGAGUUUAAGAAGACAGUGCAACUACUACUUCCUCAAUCUGGCAAUAUCAGAUUUCCUCGUAGGAGCAUUCUGCAUCCCGGUCUACAUCCCGUACAUCCUCACCGGCCGGUGGACGCUGGGCCGAGGGCUGUGUAAACUGUGGCUGGUCAUGGACUACCUGCUCUGCUCUGCCUCCGCCUUCAGCAUCGUCCUGAUCAGCUACGACCGUUUCCUUUCAGUCACCAGAGCAGUAAGUUAUCGUGCCAGACAGAGCAUGACUCAUCAAGCCAUAAUCAAGAUGAUUGCCGUCUGGGUGCUGGCCUUUAUCCUGUACAGCCCAGCCAUCAUCUUCUGGGAGCCGGUGGUGGGCAGUAGCCGAGUGCCGAAGGACGAGUGCUUUGCGGAGUUCUAUUACUCUUGGUAUUUCCUGCUGAGCGCCUCGAUGCUGGAGUUUGUCUCUCCCUUCCUCUCGGUGGCUUUCUUCAACCUCAGCAUUUACCUCAGCAUACGCAGGAGGAGGCUCCAGAGCAGGCAGGUGCAGCUCCACCUUGAAAUGAGCGAACCUGCCUCUGCCCAGGGGGAAGGGAUCCCCCCUUCCCACAACUGGGGGUUUGGGAUAAAACUGGCUGUAAGAGGCUCCUUCAACUCCCAGACCUCCUCUCCCAGUCUGGGUAAACUGGAUCCCCCCACCAGCAGGGGGGGCAUGCCGUGCCGUCUGUCCAGGGAUAAGAAAAUAGCUAAGUCCCUUGCCAUCAUAGUGUGCGUGUUUGCCAUCUGCUGGGCACCGUACACUCUGCUGAUGAUCAUCCGCGCCGCCUGCAGAGGGCGAUGCAUCCAGCAUCACUGGUACGAGGUCACCUUCUGGCUCCUGUGGCUCAACUCGGCUAUUAACCCCUUCCUGUACCCGCUCUGCCACAGCAGCUUCCGCAGGGCCUUCGGUAAGAUCCUCUGUGCGAAGCGGCACGGUACCCAGUCACCUUCGGUCCCUCGUGCGUGCCAGUGACGAGCGCAUGAACUAACAAUGUGGCAAAGCUAGAAACAAGGUCGAAGUGUGCAACACGGUGUGUCACACAGAUCAUAAUGAAUGGGUCUCCAUUGUGUUUGGAUGUAUAAUGUUGGUGCUGCACAGUAUGAUGUUAUUGAGUCACUGUGUUCAAUGUUCAAUGUGUCAAUCACUCAUCAUAGAGUGAACAAAUAUUAUGCUGCCUUAAAAGUAUUAGUAUGCCAACGAAGGUAUCAUAUAUAUUUACUGAUAUUGACUAUUAUACGUUUUCACUUACUGUAAGAACUUGAUCAAUGGUGUGUUGUUUCAUGGGAGCAAAGAAAAAACAGCAAGAUAUUCAGAAACAUUGUUUGAGGCCUUUUGAUAAUCAUGCAGAUAAUUUAACAAUGAAAUCCGUCAGCUAUGUCGUAUGUACUGUACCGUGUAUAUCGACAGGAAUGAAAUCAAGAAAUGCAUUUUGAUUGACUUCAUUAGCACAUACAUUGUUCACAGAUAUUCUCUAGAACAUGAAAGAUAACUGUUUCAGGCUCGUGAGAA